UCCUUUGUUUCCAGCCUAUCUUAUUGCAUCAAUCUCAGCCGUUCGAUGGACUCCAUGGCUUCAUCUCAACCGUCCAAAGCCACUCCAAAGAAGCCCUCAUCGUCUUCGUUGCCGUCUCCGAUGAAACCCCCGGCCGCCGUGCCAUCGCCGGCGAAGGUAGGGAUCUCGGAACAGAUCGAGACUCCGGAGAAGCUGGUAGAGCUCCCCAGAAGGGGCAGGAGCCAGAGAGUCGCGUACUCGGUUAAGGAGGUGAAGAGGAUUGCGCAGGGGCUUCAGAAUCGAGGUAGAGAGGUGGUUUCGGAAGAGUGGUCUGGGGAUCUGACGAUGAUCUUGCGUCUCUGGAGGAGGAGCUUAUCGGAGAUCGGACUCGCAAGGCUGCCAAGCCAAAGCUCCCCUGUCAAGCUCCCGGAAAAAUAUGAGAAGCUGGUAGAAUUCUUUAACUGUAUGGAGAGUUCUAUCCGACUACUUCGGUUGAAAGGAGCAACAUCAACAUUUUCAAACAUUUGCUCUAGUGUUCAGCAUUUGAGUGACAGGAAGUUUACCUGUGGACAUUUAGCGCAGCUGAAGUAUGUUUUUCCAGAAGCCAUUUCGAUCAAGAAAGUGCUUGUACAUGAUGAAGUUAGUUGCUGCAUGAAGCCAGAACUACAAGUAAGUUUGCAAAUUGAUGCAGUGGGGAAGAAUGAAAAGCAGAAUGGGGAAAGCGGGUAUUCCCUCUUGAGGAAGGUUUUUAGAGAACGACUUGUGGAGUUCUCCAAAGAACAUCCCAAGGAAGAUGAUAUUCCAGAGGAGGAAUUACCACAUCCAUUUAAUAAAACAAAUCCAACAUUACCACCAAACCCUGCAAGUGCCUCCAUGAACUUGGUUCACAGCACAUUACCUAGUAAUACAAUUAACCAGCAGCAGCUCACAGCUCCUUCUCACAUGCCUCAGUCCUUCCAAAGGCGGUUUUCAAGGAAAACUCCCAUUCCUGAUGCUGAGAAAACAUGUCUCGCAUGCACUGAUAAACUACCUGAAGGCGAUCCGUUGCUCUCUUUAACCCAUCACCAAUUAAAUGCCCCUCAAAACUCCCAUUCUUGUCAUCUACAUUUGAGUACUUGGCUAAAUCAUGGAGAUGCCAGCAAUGUGCUUUGCGAAAAUGAAGUAAACAACCUUGAGGAAACUCCUUCGAAAGAUGUUUCAACACCGGCCAGACUAAUGACCUCAACCCCCGAAAUUCCAGUCCCACAGAGAUACUGCAGCACAUCCAUGCUUGGCUCCCCUCCAAUGAAGAAACGGUCAGCAAGAACUAAGUUGUUUCAAACCCCCACAAAGCAUGCAAAGAUAGAAGAUGAAGAGCUUGAAGCUCCAACUCCUUCAGCUAAUAAUGAUGUCAUCAGCUUCCUUCCAGAAGCACUAUUGCAAUCUAUUAGAGAAAAGGAGAAGAAAAUACUGAUGGAGAAGGAAACUGGUGCUGCUGCGGUGCACAGGAGGGAAAAAAUUAUAGCAUCCUUGCCUGAUAUGUUCAAUUUAAUCCAUCUUUUAUUUCAAUCAGGAAACAGAUCUACUAUGACAAAGCAAGAGUUGAUUUACAAAAUUAUCGCCGGCCAUAGAAAAAUAGUUGAUAGAAGUGAAAUUGAAGAACAGCUAAAGCUCUUCCAAGAAAUAGUUCCUGAUUGGAUCUCAGAAAAGAUUACGUCCAGUGGAGAUGCUCUUGUUCGUGUCAACAAGAUAUGUGCUCCAGAAGAGAUUCGACAGAGGCUGGCAGAGGCUGAGUGAUGAUGGAAUAUCACCAGAACUUAAGCUAAAUGCUCGAAGAGGCUUUCUCAGAGGAUGCUGUUGUGCAUGUUUUGGAGGCUGUAAACAUUUUCUGUGCUUUUCGUGAGAAAACCACAACAUGUUGUGUCAAGUGCCAUUGUAUUGCUCACCAACUUUUAAAGUGAUGAGCAUUACUUGGUCGACGGAAUUCUUGUAUAAAUAUUGCUCAUCAUUU